UCUAAAUAUGUCUGUAAAUGUUUGAACAACGAUUGUCAGUAAUUAAUUGUAACACAGUAUAUUUGACUUAAUUUGAAUUAUCUGUUUCAUUUUAACGAGUUUUGCUUCACUAGGAAUUGCACAAGGCUUCUACUCACGUUUCCCCCUUAAUUAAUUUACAUAAUCUUGAACGAGCUGGGAAUUAAACCUCACAAACAUGUCUACAUACCUAAUAAAUUUAGUAUUAAUAAAUUUCUGCACAAAAUACUUAUUACUGAUUUCGAGAAUACAAAGCCACGUACUUAUAUUGUGAGGGUUUAUGUCUGCAUAACUAGAAAGUUCUCGUAAGUUCAAUUUUUUUUAGCAACUCUUCUUAUACAAAUUUGCAUUUUAAUAAACUUUAAAAAAAAAUUAAAAAAAAUUAAAAAUUUUCAAAUAUUUUGUAAAGGUCAAUUUAACUUAAAUAUUUGAUUAGGUCCUAAACUUCACUCUUUUCGGUGACGGCGCCGCCUCAUUUGUUCUAGUGGACAAGAUCGUUGUCGACCUUGGUGACGACCCGAUCGAGCCAAUUUCCAUCACUACAGACUAUCUCGCACCGGAACACUGGCCGUUCAACGAUUGUACUUAUGUGGACGAUUUCCGAACCUUGGGAUGUCCCGUGGACAAGAAGAGUCUGAACCCGGAUAUUGGUCGCCUUGUCAGGAAAAAGCGUGUCGAAUUGAGUAUGGAACGCAUCCCGCCGUUAUCCCGCUGUCCGUCAGGAUCACCGGCUAUGUGAAAAAUGAAGGUCAAAUCAUGGUCGGAAUUCCGGUUGGAAGUGGCGAAAAUACUUCAUUUAUCAUAAUAGACACCAAGUCUUCAAAUGAAGGAGCCUGGGUAGAUUAUGUGGUGGACUUACGACGACAUCAGGAAUAUAAAUAUGGCAUUAUUCUGAUGCAUAAUGGUGGAACUGCGGUUCUUGACUGGGUAACAUUCAUGUUCCAAGAUGAGACAACGACUGGUGAACCGACCACGGAACUACCGACGACCGUUCCACAAACCCAACCACCCACAACGACUGCAGGUGCGGGCAGGAUAAUGUCCUCAUUUUUCUCGACACUUAUUAUGUUUGUGCUCAGGAAAGUUUAUUAAACUAAGCUUCUAAAAACGUGGGAGAAAUAUGAUACAACAAUAGGUUUAAGGAAUGAUGUUGGCAUUAGGUAAUACUAAUAUUACAAACUUGAUAAUAAAUUUAAGAUUGAUAUUAAAUUAUGUAUGUAUAUGCUUGAAAUUAUGUGACGAGUUAUUUUUCUGUCUUGCUUUUUUGAAUUUUUUUAAACUUA